AUGGAUGAAAGCAGCCUGGCUAUAGACUAUGUGGUGUUUGUGCUGUUGAUAUGUGCUUCGACCAGUGUGGCGGUGUACGGCCGUGUCGGCCCCAAGGAAAGGACUAAAGCAAGAUUUGUGUUUGCGGCCAGUAGUUUGUCAGUGAUCGCCAUGAUGCUUUCCGUCGCCAGAGGAUUUUUAGGGGUUCGAGUUUUUCUCGGAUAUCCAUCAGAGCUGUUCUAUAGAGGCAGCGGAAUGUGGGAGACUUUAUAUGGAAUGUCAAUUGCCUUUCCCAUCGUCUGCUUCGUAUUCGUACCUGUUUACUAUAGUUUAGUUACUUCUGUUUAUCAGUAUUUAGACCUGAGGUUCAAAUCCCGCCUGGUCCGGUGCCUAGCUUCGGGGACUUAUGUGAUGCGAAGUCUGCUGAAUCUCGGUGUGACUGUGUUCACUCCAUGCGUCGCCCUCAAAACAGUCAUUGGACUUCCCUACUGGGCUUCCAUCUGUAGCAUAAUAGCGAUCGCCAUUUUUUUCACCGUCAUGGGUGGUCUAAGAACGGCAAUAAUGGCGGAUGUGGCCCAAUUGCUGGUCAUGAUGGCCUGCAGUCUAAUUAUCAUCUUCCAAGGACUCAUUCAAAAUGGAGGAGUGACCAAUGUUGUCAACAUCAGCUACGAGAGAGGACGUCUGGAUUUCUUCAAUUGGGACAGUGAUCCUACUAAACGAGUGACAACAUAUUCAGCUCUCAUUGGUCAACUCUUCAUGUCUCUUUCUAUUUUCGGAUGUCAACAGAACUUUGUGCAAAGAUACUGCAGUAUGAAAUCUAGGAGAAAAGUUUACAAGACUCUAUUGGGGAAUGUGCCAGUGAUGACUGUACUAUUCAGCCUGUCGUGGAUAGUGGGAAUGGUUGUGUUUGCCAGCUAUUACGACUGUGAUCCAAUGAAGCUGGGACAUAUCAGUGACAUCGACGAGAUUCUGCCAUUCUACAUCGAGGACAAAUUCUACUUCCUACCUGGCUUCCUUGGACUUAUCAUGGCCAGUCUGUUCAACGGUGCUUUGAACCUUUGCGUUUCGAAUCUGAAUUCAGUCUCUACCGUUCUGUGGGAAGAUUUUUUUCUCCAGAUUCCAUCACUGAAAGGCCUGUCUGAUCGAAAACAGAUCAUUCUCAUUAAAGUGAUAGGAGCAUGUUGUGGACUGACAGUCCUUGGAUUUGCUUGCCUUGUAGCGUUACUGUCUGGAGUUGUGGAGUCUUCUCUGUUGGUCACAUCGGCCACAAGUGGACCUCUCCUCGGAGUUUUCCUACUCGCAAUGCUUUUCCCAAUUGCAAAUUGGAAGGGUGCAGCGUCUGGCAUGAUAAUCUCGCAUGUGACAGUGUUGUGGAUAACCUUUAACGGCCUGACGGUUGAGAAGCCAGAAGUGCCUCUUCUCCCCACAUCAAUAGAUGGCUGCACCAACACUACGUUCUCGCCUCACAUCAGGCCACUCAUCAAGGAGACCAGUUUCUACUUGAAUACAACUGCUCAGCAACACACUGUCAACCCCUACGUUGCACCUACGUUUCACGAGAGAGAUUUCUUCACGCUUCUAUUCUCCGUCACCUACAUGUACUACUCUUUCCUUGGAACAACCAUCACAAUAGUUUUGGGCGUCAUUAUCAGUUAUCUUACAAGAUCAGAUGACGACAUCUACGACGAGAAACUGAUCCAUCCUUGGGCGCGUUCAGUGAGUUCUUUGUUCCCCGGUAAAAAGCGGACUUAUCUCUCAACAUCUGAACAAUCGAUCAAUACCACAGCCACCACUAUAAUUCCGAGUAUAUGUGAAAAAGUUCCUGAAAAGUUUAAGAGUACAAAAGGCUCUGAAUCAUGAGUGUGGAAACUACAAUUUUAAUUUGUAAUGAACAUUUGGUGCCAGAAAAAUUCGAGAGGAAAACUCUUGAAGAGCUUUAUUGUACAGUGAGUAGAUUAGGAAAAAAACAUUCUGUGAUAGUAUUAACUUACCUUUCAUUGUGGAAGGUAUCCUGAUAAUAAAAUCAAAAUAAUCUAUGAAUAACAUAUAGAUGAAAAAUUAGUUUAGAAGUUCUACAACUAUAUGGGAUAUUAAUUCAGGUCUUAAUUUAUCCUAUUUAUUUUUUCGAUUUUCGAUACCUAAGUUAGUGUAUAGUGAAGAUUAUAAUUAUUUGUAGGCCUAAUUCCUUAGCAUUAGCUCAGUUUAGUAUGAUUUUUCAAUAAAAUAACAAUCCAAUAUCUGAAUAACUAUAUGGUGGAUUCUUCUUAAAUCCCAUCGUAGAUUAUUCAUGUUUUUAUUGAUUUUUUCAACUACAAUGUAGAUAAGAUCCUAUUCAGUUUAUUUAGGGUACCUAGUAGGCUAUUUCUAGAGUAGAGGUGCAGUAUUACUAUUGUCAUAGUAAAAGAAACUAGUAGCUGGAGAGAAUCUGUAGCUCACUCCCAUUGAUAUUAUACAAUGAUUUGAUUGUGUGUUUGUAUGAGGGGAUUAAUAUCAAAAGAGGGAUAAUUAUUGUUUGUGAUAAAGUGGAAAAAAAUUAGAUUCAAAAUCAUGGGUUAUGGUAUUAUUGGGAUAAGUAGUAUCGUUUAUGAGUUCAAAAGUAUAAUGGAAUAGACAAUAUCAAUAAUUUGCCAUCAACUCCCCAUUCAUUUGUAAUUGAUAACAAUAUGUUUUUCAGAUAUGUCUUCCAUUGUUCAAAGUUUUAAAAUUCCUUCAUAUUUUUCUCAUGGACUAUGAUAUUAAUUUGUGGUAGAGUUAACUAUGGUUAAAUAGUAUAUAAUAUUUUCUAGAUAAGUAGACUUAUAUUAUAUAGGCUAGGACUUUUUAUACUAUUCACCUAUAAUUAUUCGACAGUGUUUAUUCACUUCAUUGCAACAAAGGAACCCAAUCUCAAUCUAGAUUUACUGUUUAUUUAUUGAUGAAUACUUAUAACAUCCUAGUGUAUUAUUGAUGACUAUUUUCAGUCUCCACACUUUUCCCAUUUAUAAUACAAGUUAAAUUGAGAGUGCAUAUAUUACUGUCGAUAUUUUGAUGAAAUACUACAGUCUAUACAACAAUCAUGAAACUGUAGUUCCUGUUUGAUUGAAUGAAUAUUUAUGUUAUAAUAAUUGUUGGAUAAACAUUUUGGAUGAGUUUGUUACAAAUACAGUAUUUUAUUUGAAAAAAA